GUUUUGUUCGAUACGUACUCAGCGUCGCGCCGCGACCGCGACCGCUUGAUAGUAUAUAAGAGUCGUGCUGUUUUAGUGAAAUUAGUGUCUUGUUACAUACAUCCACUCGCAGAUAGUAGCUGAAAUUAAAAGUAAAGAUUACAUCUGAUACCGAUUAAAAGUAAAAAUUACAUAACAAACUACAUGGUUGCGCUGACAAUACAUACGGUAUCAGUAUUACUUCAUGCAGGUAUUGAACACAGAAACUGACAGGAUGAGCGACCAUUUGUUAUAUAACGAUUUCAAUCAACACAAAAUUGUAUAUUGCGGAAACAAUACCAAAAAUCAAGGAACACAGAUACAAACGUUCUAUGCGAACCAGUCGAUCUUUAUUACAGGAAUUGCUGGUGGAUGCAAUUUGUUUACUUUCAACUUGUGCACUAUAUGAUAUUCUAAAUAAUGCAAUGUUAAAACGUACCUCUCCAAAUGAAAUAGAACUCGUAGCUCAAGACAUGAUAGAUUGUGUAUCAUAUUUGAAUAAAAAGAUAUUAAAUAAGGAUGAUGAAGAUAGUUCUCCAACAGCUGGAUUAGCAAGGAUCAUAAUUGUGAAAGUAGGAGCACGCAUAAUGAUUAGAAGAAAUAUCGAUGUCACUUUACGUCUUGUAAAUGAUACAGUUGGCACAAUUACGUCAAUUACACGAGGCACUAAUAGAAAUAAAGUAGAAAAAUUAAAAAUGCUGCUGCUAUGAGGAGUUGAGCAUAUAAUAUAUAAACAAUAGAACGUUUAAGUGUUAAAUUUGAAGUAAUGGAUAAAGCAUUUGUUGUAAGAAAACAAUUUCAAAUAUAUUUAAAUUAUGGCAUAACUACUCAUAAAAGUCAAAGAUUGAGUUUACAUCAUGCUGUUCUUGAACCUGGAAAUUCCAUAUUUAGUUGCGGACAAAUAUGUGUUGCUUUUUCACGAGUGACUGCGUUAAGUGGAUUACAUCUUAUAAAUUAUGAUUCUUUGUCUGUAAAAGCAAAUGAGUUAGCUAUAAUAGAAUACAACAGGUUGCGACAUCAGUAUAGACCAGAUCUUACAUAUAUUUAUAUUUCGAAACAAGGCCUUAAGAAAAUGCCUGAUACAGUUUGGGCAGUUAAAAAAAAUAUUUUAGAAUGUUAAAUUAAUGAUAAUGAUGCUAUAGAUGAUACUUUGUGAAAUUAAAACAAAUUUUAUUCUAUUGCUGACAAUUUGAAAAAAUCAUACACUUUACAAGAAUUAAUACAAUAUAACGUUGGGUGUUGGAAUAACAUUGAAAAAUUAUGCACUAACUGUGGAAUAAACUCUGCCAACGAAAUAAUUGAUAUAAAGACGGAGACAAAUAUUUUCAUUUUUCAACUGCAAUUAUUUACAAUCAU